GGCGACGGAUGAUAGUGAAUGGAAGUUUAGUUUUUGAGUUUUGGGAUAGAUCAGGGGAGCGAUUAACGGAGAGUGGAUAAGAACGGGCGGUCUCAGUGUGAAAAGUGAGUUUAAACUAAUAAAUACCAACGCUCAGGCGGGAGAAAGUCGACAGGAGCCCUCUCUCUCCUCCCCAAAGCCGAGCAGAGAGGAGGGUGGCAGGUGUUCAGUUGGGAGAGACGCAUCGCCUCAGUCGGCUCCCCGAACCUCAACAGGGUGCCGACGCGGAGGAAACCGGAGGAAACCGGCGGAAAAGCUCGCUAACUGGGCAUAGAAACUCCCGUGAGUACGAGCAGACUGACAUACAACGAAUUUACAACGUGUUUAAAGCAGCCGGACUCACUGUUUUUGAAGGGAUAAAACAGCGAAAGGCUCCGGUGUCGCAGCAGCAGCAGUGGCGUCAGUGAGAGUCACAUUACCGGGUCUCUAACGGCCGUUUUUCACGUCACUUUUCCGGCUUUUGCUAACUCGCAGGUACAAAACUCUCGGUUGUUGUUGGGGGAAAAUAAAACAAACUAACAAACAACAAAAAAACUGGAAUACGUUCAUGUAUUGGAAACCUGUUGGGUAUUUUUUUUUACCGUGUAACUCGGGGCACAAGUUAGGCUCUCUGGUGUCCGAAGGAAGAGUCCGCGUUUGGGGGAGCGAAGCUGCUUCCACCCGGUGAAGUUCAGACAACGCAUCCGCAGCUGGAGUGCCUUUCUGCGGUUUGUUUGCACACCGAAUACCCCGGUGGUAUGAACGGAAACAAUUACCGGAUUGAUUUUGGAAGCACGUUCUCAAGCCGGAUAAUUUGCAUGUUUUUUUAUUGCUUCUCUGCUAAUGUAACCAGCUGAAUGAUCCGCGGGACAAAUCCCCGGUGAAGACAUCACAACAAGCGCGGAUUUGUGGGUCGAUGGCGCAGAAUUAAGCCGAUAAAGUCUAAAACACACUCAGAUGUAUUAAUUCUGCGCUCGGAUCAAUCCACAUGGGGAUGAGGUGUCACAGGUCGCUCCGCAGCUACACACCGUGAAGCCGUACAACUCAGGGCCAAGUCUGCCUGCAUUUUUCGGGGUUUUGGACACCAGAGCCAGGGCGCCUCUUAGCAGCGACAGCGUGAGCUCUGAUAUCGGUUCGGAGCUGCCGGAUCUCGGACUUCUUCUUGCGCAGAGCAGACAGAGAGAGAGAGAGAGUUGUAGAAGCACCGCAAGCGGACUCUAUUGGCAUCUUUCCCGCAGGAUGCAAUCGGGAAUUAGCCGAAAGCGUGUGGAGGAACCUGCAGCGGGGAGCCAGCAGAGGAUGACGGGGACCGGGACGCCCCGGACCGGGAGCCGGUGCGGACCCCUCUUGCUCCUGCUUCUUCUCGGCAGCAGCUGCCACAUGUUGCAUGGCCAAGAAGUGGCUCCCUACCUACGAGGUGGACUGGGGCAGCAGGUGGUGUUGGAAGGAAACCGGCUGGUGCUGACCUGCCUGGCUGGAGGCAGCUGGCCUCUGCAGUACCGCUGGACUCUCAACAACAGCAACAUCACAGACUGGACACCACAGUACAGGUUGUCCAUGCCGUCUCUGAAGAGGACCGAUGCUGGCCUGUAUCAGUGUGUCGUGAGGAACAGGAUGGGCGCAGUAAUACAAAGGAAAACAGAGGUGCUGGUGGCCUUUUUGGGGAACAUCUCCGCUGAAGAGCAAAGAAAGACUGUGACUCAGGGCCGAGCCGCCAUCAUCAGCCCACCGCCUCUUGCUUCCUUCCCACGACCGCUGGUCACAUGGUACAAAGAUGGACACAAGAUCAUCCCCAACAACCGAAUAGCAAUCACUAUGGACAAUCAGCUGGUUGUCUUGGCAACCACUGCAACGGAUGCAGGACGUUACCAUGUAGAAGCUGUGAACGAGAUGACGGGGGAGAAUGUGACGAGUCCCGCUGUCUACCUGAGCAUUUCAGUUGGCAAGAAAAACCGUGGGUUAACAGAUCCUGAGUCGGAGCCGGUGGCUGCCACAAUAGUGAUCGGACCCAAAGACACAACGGUGGUGAUGGGGAGUGAGGCUACGCUAGAGUGUGUUGCUAAUGCCAGACCAGUGGAUGGCCUUGUCCUGUCGUGGAGACGUGAAGGGCGUCGGCUGUCCGGUGGGCGUCGCCUCGUUAUUCCUGCUGCCACCUCUUCUGACACCGGGUUGUAUGUUUGUGAAGCGUCGCGAGGCAACAGCACCGUCAAACCCGUAGAAGCAAGAGCACACCUCACUGUAAUGGAACCACCCACUCUGACUGCUCAGCCCAAAAGGAAGACCUUUGCUGAUCUCGACAGGAAUGUAGAUAUCCCCUGCUUGGCUACAGGCGUGCCCCAGCCCAGGGUAGAGUGGUACAAGGAUGCGGUGCCUCUUUCCAAACUGGCCAACCCUCGCUACAAGGUCACCGCGGCGACCGGGCUGACCGUUCGCCGGGUGCAGCCUGGAGAUGGAGGAAUAUUCCAGUGCUUUGCUCGCAACGCCGCCGGAGAGACUCAAGCACACACACAACUCCUCGUCUCCAGUAUGGCCCCCACGUUUACGUCCCCACCCUCUGACCAAACAGUAACUGAUGGCAACACGGCCCUGUUUACCUGCCAGACUAGUGGAGCUCCAAAGCCUGCCAUCACCUGGAGGAAAGGGUCACGGGUCUUAGCCAGCGGCUCUGUCCAGGUUUCCAGGUUCACGUUGCUGCAGUCAGGUGGUCUGCAGAUUCAACCAGUCAGCUUUCAGGAUUCAGGAGAAUACACCUGCAUCGCCUCCAACUCAGAGGGAGCCAUUAAUGCCACCGCUACACUCACCGUCUGGAGUCGCACCGUCAUUUCUGUGCCUCCAACAGACCAGCGUGUUAUCAAAGGAACCACUGCUGUUCUGGACUGUAACGCCACACACGACCCGAGAAUCAAUAUCAGCUUCAAGUGGGAUCGAGGCGGUGUAGUGGUCCUUCCGACUGGUGGCGGCCGUGUCUCUGUGCGCCGGGGCUUGCUUACUAUUGGCCAGACGUGGUCAGGUGACAUUGGGGACUACACCUGUACUGUGACAUCACAAGCUGGCAAUGAUUCCCACUCUGCACGCCUCGAAGUCAUAGAGCUGCCACAUUCUCCCCGCUCCCUGACGGCUCGCCUCAACGACUCGGACUCCCGCUCUGUCCUCCUGUCCUGGCUGAGACCCUUCGACGGGAACUCCCCCCUGCUGUACUACCUGCUGGAGCUCUCUGAGAACAACUCUCCAUGGAAGGUCUACCUAUCGGAGGUUGAUCCUGCUGUGACCAAGGUGUCAGUGGGCGGGCUCACACCUGCCAGGACCUACCAGUUCAGGCUCUGUGCCGUCAAUCAAGUGGGACGGGGUCAGUACAGCACUGAGACGCAAAGAUUGAUGCUAAGGGAGGAGGCACCCAGUGCUCCUCCUAAGAAUAUUGUGGCCAGUGGACGCACAAACCAGUCCAUUAUGGUGCAGUGGCAGCCUCCGCCAGAACCGCAGCUUAAUGGAGUCCUCCGAGGAUAUGUGCUCAGGUACCGUCUGGCUGGGCUGCCAGGAGACUACCAGGAAAAGAACAUCAGCAGCCCAGAGACCAACUACUGUCUGCUGAAAGACCUGAUCAUCUGGACACAAUACCAGAUUCAGGUUGCUGCCUACACAGGAGCCGGUCUGGGUGUCUACAGCAGUCCUGUCACCGAGUACACACUGCAAGGAGUUCCCACAGCACCUCCACAGGAAGUGGAAGUUGUAGCUAUUAACUCGACUACCAUCCGCUUCACAUGGAACCCUCCACCUCAGCAGUUCAUUAAUGGCAUCAACCAGGGGUACAAGCUGCUGGUCUGGCCAGAGCAGUCUCCAGAGGAUGUUACCAUAGUAACCAUCACACCAGACUACCCUGGUUCACGCCACACGGGGUUGGUCAGCGGACUCAGGAAAUUCACCUGGUAUUUUGGCUCCACCCUCUGCUUCACAACACCUGGAGAUGGCCCCCGCAGCCCACCCGCUCUGCUGCAGACCCACGAGGACACUCCUGGACCUGUUCGCCACCUGAGCUUCACUGAAAUCUUGGAUACGUCACUAAAAGUCAGCUGGGCAGAACCUGAAGACAAGAACGGCAUCAUAACCGGCUACGUGCUGAGGUGGGAAGUGCCUACAGUAGAGUCGAGUCAUGAGGAACGUUCCCUGUCUAACUCCACCCUGCAGUACCAGCUGACCGGCCUCACCUCCACCACCGUGUACGCGCUACAGGUGGCGGCGCUCACGGCGGCGGGACAGGGCGUGGUCACAUCCUCCACCAUCUCCACCGGAGUCCCACCAGAACUUCCCGGUGCACCUUCUAACUUAGUCAUCUCCAACAUUAGCCCUCGGACGGCAUCUAUUAGGUUCCAUCCCGGUCCUGAUGGCAAGACCAGCAUGUCACGAUGGAUAGUGGAAGGACAGGUGGUAAAGGAGGACGGAAAGGAGGCGGCGUGGACAGUCGUCUACCAGAAAGACAACCAGCCGGAUGUGGACACACUUGAGAUCCCAAACCUCACUCCGUUCACUCAGUACAGAUUCAGGAUGCAGCAGGUGAACAUUGUCGGUUCCGGCCCCAUGAGCGCCCCCUCCAGGCUGAUUCAAACCCUACAGGCUGCCCCCGACACGCACCCUUCCAACCUCACCCUUUUGUCGGCCACACAGACCAGCCUGACCUUCAACUGGAAGCCUCUCCCAGAGUCCGAGUACAACGGCAGCCCAGAGACUGUGGGCUACCAGCUGCGUGUUUGGAGAACAGAUGGCCAGGGGGAGGACCAGACUGAGGAUGUGAAGGAAGGAGGAGGCUCCAGCGAGGCCACGGUGGAGGGCCUGAAUCCCUGGACUGAGUACCAGGUUCAGAUACAAGCCUUCAACUCUAUAGGACCAGGACCAUGGAGCCACACUGUAGCCGCACGCACCGCCGAAUCCGUUCCAUCUGGAUCUCCGGUGAAUGUGAGUGCCGAGGCGGUGAGCUCCUCCAGGAUCCUGCUCACGUGGUCUCCUCUCCCUCAGGCGCACAAGAACGGAGUCAUCCUUGGAUAUAAGGUGUUGUACAACCAGAAAGACUCUGAAGACCUCCCCAGUGUUCAGGUGGCAGAAGGAGAAGGGAGCGUGUCUCUGCUGCUUGGUGGCCUCCACAAAUACAAAGUGUACAAGUUGCAAGUUUUGGCGUUCACACGGAUUGGUGACGGGCCGCCCAGCAACCCCGUCCUGACCAGAACCAAAGAAGAUGUUCCAGGCCCCCCUGUCAGGAUGGUGUUUCCAGAAGUUCGUUUGUCAUCUGUUAGGGUGGUUUGGCAGCCGCCAGCGUUCCCCAAUGGUAUCAUACUAGGCUACCAGAUCUCCUACCGCCUUGACAGCAGGGACCCUCAGCGCUGGACCACAGUGGAGGUGGGCUCCAACGCUCGCCAGUUCACCGUCACAGGACUUGCCGCUGAGCAGACCUACGUGUUCCGACUGACUGCUCGCACCGCCGUGGGCUGGGGCGAAGAGCAGCAAGCUCUGGUUGUUACUACUGAACGCAGAGAACGUCCCCAGCCACCCAGGAAGCUGUCGGUUCCUCAGGAUGAGGUUGAAGCUCGCCGACUCCGCCUCCACUGGAUGAAUGGUGGCUCAGGCUCGUCCCUGCUGAGGUACUUCACCCUGCAGGUCAAGGAGCUGCCCGGCAGGGACUGGAGCACCCACACCGCUGACAUCCCACACAAUGUCACCUCAUGGACCAUUGACAGUUUGAAGCCAUUCACGUCGUACAAGUUUCGGAUGUUGGCCACCAAUGAUGUGGGAGACAGUGUCCUCAGCAGGGAGACAGACACCGCUACAACUCUACAGGAUGUGCCUGAUGAGCCUCCAGUGAUUCUCGCAGUGAAACCGACAACUACUACCUCAGUGCUGGUGCAGUGGAAGCGUCCAAGUGACGACAGUGUUAAUGGGGUGUUGACUGGAUAUCGGCUGUAUUAUAGAGAGCUUCCAUUGAACACCUCCACUUUGACGGAAGCAGACGUCCUGACUAGCAAAAACAACACCACAAGUGCCCUGAUUAUGACAAAGAGCACCUUCAAGACCGUCAGCAGCGCCUCGCUCACAGAGUUUGAGUUGACGCAACUGAAGAAGUUCCAGCGCUAUCAGAUUGUUAUGACGAGCUAUAAUAUCAUCGGAGAGAGCCCACCCUCUGCUCCGGUAGAGGUUUCUGUUGGAGAAGCAGCUCCAUCGGUGGCUCCUCAGUCUAUCAGAGUGUCAGCUGUGUCUCCCUCCAUCCUGGAAGUGACCUGGGACAUACCCCCCCUCGAGACCCAGAAUGGCCUCAUCCAAGGAUACAAGAUCCACUAUUGGGAGAGAGACCAGCAGAACCAGACUGAGAAGGUGAAGGUGAUUUUUGUCCCAGACACCCGUGUCCACCUCACUAACCUGACCAGCUACACUCCAUAUCUGGUCACGUUGACGGCCUUCAACACGGCUGGAGAUGGACCGCCCAGUGACCCCCGUGGAGCCCGAACCCUGCAGUCUGCUCCUGGCCAGCCGAGCUUCCUGUCCUUCUCGGAGGUUACGGGAGGAAGCGUCAACGUGUCCUGGGGAGCUCCACUCACUCCUAACGGCCAGCUGGAAGGCUAUAGGGUCAUCUACGAGCCCACUGCUCCCGUCCAAGGCGUGAGUAAAGUGGUGACAGUGGACGUGAAAGGCAGCUGGCAGCGGUGGCUCAAGGUUCGGGACCUGAUUAAAGGAGCGACUUACAGUUUCAGUGUUCAGGCCCUCACGGUCAGCUACGGACCCCCGAUACAGGCGAAUGUCACUGCUCAGCCUGUGAAAGGCUCUCCUGGGUCUCCCAUGGAAAUGACCAUCUCCAAGACAUCUUCUGAGCUCACCCUCCACUGGUCAGACGGAGACAUCGGUGCAGCUCCUGUCACUGGAUAUGUAAUCGAGGCUCGACCCUCAGAUGAAGGAAUGUGGGACUCCUUCAUCCGAACGCUCCCUCCAAGCAGCAGGUCUGUUUCAGUCCCGCUGGAGCGCCUGAGGUCAGGGAUCAGCUACGAGUUUAGAGUCAUCGCUGUUAAUCGCUUCGGUUAUGGACAGCCGAGUACACCCUCUGCUGCUCUGGCUGCACUGUCCGAGCGUCCCUUCUACGAGGAGUGGUGGUUCUUGCUGGUCAUGGCUCUGGUAGGACUAAUCCUGAUUCUGGUCCUGGUCUUCACAUUGCUGCUGCACGGUCACAGCUCCAAGUACAAGGCCUGUGGUACAGGGAAGCACAUGUCCACCGCGGAGGAGUCUGUGACGCUGGACAACGGAGGAUUCACCGCUCUGGAGCUCAACAGCCGAACACUCAACACCAAGAACUCCUUCCUGAAGAAGAAUGGCACCAGGUCUCCUCCCAGACCCAGUCCAGGUGGUCUUCACUACUCCGAUGAAGAUAUCUGCAAUAACUAUAACGGAGCUGUGCUCACUGAGAGCACCACACUCACAGAGAAACCCACUGAGGUCUCUGAGUCUGAGCUGACCGACAGCGACUACGAGGACGAGCAGCCAAAGCACUCCUUCGUCAACCACUACAUGAGCGACCCCACUUACUACAACUCCUGGAAGCGACAGCCCAAAGGCCUGAAGGGGAUGGGCACUCCUUUUGGUUACGAGGAGUGUGCGACCGCCGAGACAGAGCCCUACUACCAGACCGUGGUAACCCAGCACAGCACUGGCGGCACCUACACGCCCACAGGGCAUCCGGCGCACACACACGUCAACCCCAACACCAACCCGCCGGGGUCACGCACCCCCGUGACGGGAUUCUCGUCAUUUGUUUGACUAGAGACGAAACCUGCACAAGUAACACACAUGUACUGAAGGAGGGGGGCCAACAUGUGUUUGGACUGGAUGAGGCGGUCAGUGGUAAGGAGAUGUUUGACUGACUGGUGUCCAAACAGCCCUUCAUGCCCCAAACAACUCAACUUCCACUUCUCACUUGCCUUCUCCCCUCGUUCACAAAGAUCCAAUGAGUGUGUGUUGCUCUUUUACUCUUCUACGCCUCUGUGUCACUGUGCUGCACACACACUCACCGUCCUCACACAUUCACACCACCCGAUAUUACAGAGACUCUCCGACGAGAGCCAAGAGCGACGGAUUCACGAGUCUGUUCGUGUUACGUUCGAGGAGAGAAUUGAGCCUCGAGCUGGUGGAACCUGGAACUUCUGCACAAAGCUCAUCCUCUUUUUUCUGUAUUCACACUCAAGUGCACAAAUAUACACACACAUUUCAGCAGGUCCCGCUGGGAUGGAGGAAGCUGAAGGUUGGGGAGAGUUAGUACAAUCCAGCACAGGAGGGAGCAGCUUUUUGUUGACAGACCAAAACGUGGAGCUGUCGACUUUCAAAGAUCACCGCACAGAGGAUAAGAAAAAAUAACAAUCGAUAAUCGCAGUUUUUGAACUUCAGAAGGAUGGAUGGGAGUGUGGGCAGGAGUUCUACAGCACUUAUUCUCAACAGGAGUGAUUUCCAAGAGCGAUGUGUAAUGUUUGAAUUUUGGGUUAGAAUAUAUAAAAAGCGUGUUUUUUACCGUCUACACUCGUUCUACUGCAGCCUGCCAAGCCAUAAUGCUUGCGCUGAGCCGAAACUCUGCACAUUUCAUCUUUAUUCUGUUCAAGUUACAUUUCUGACCAGUUUGAGUGUGAUUCGUGUGCAGCAAAGCAUGCGUGUACAAUGACUCUAUGUCCGGUUCAUCUGUCCAUGUUGUUCACUGCUAAGCAACGUGUGCCAUUGUGUGUAUGUUUGUAUUUUUAAGAUGGAUUUUGUACAGGGAAGCCCUUUUUACUCGUGUGCUGUUGUAUGUAGUUCGGCCAUGUUUGUGUAAUUCAGUGCUGGAGAAGCAUCUACUAACAAACAGGAGGAGCGUCUGGAAUGAGGAAACAGGACUGAGUUUGGUUGAACUUCGAAUUGUCACAACCUGAACCCUGGUGACACACACACACACACACACACACACACAUGUUCUACUCUUCAAGUGCAAACAAAGAUCAUUUGUAAGUUUUGGCUCAUGUCUAAUUUAAAGGUUCUUCACCUGGCCAACCCGCCCGCCGGCCAGCAGCCAUCACUCUGUCAUGCUUGUUUUGAGCCCCGUGCAGUGUGUGAAUAAAUGGUCAUUGUUUA